AUGUUGGAAGUGUGGGCUGGAUUCAAAGCACUGAACAGUAGCAUUAUACAGACAGUAGUGCCAAGAAUCGACUCGUGUGUGGUGGGUACACUUCUGGGUCUCUCAAGGUCACCAGCUACUACAUCCAGCAAUUUCCAAGACCUGCGACAGGCACAUCUGUUACUUCAUUGGGCUGCGGAAGUUCUGCAGAAUCAUUUCGGAAUGACGGUAGUUCUAGACCUCACUUUUUCAAUUUCUGGAAUCAUCUGCAGCUCGUACGAGGUAAUUGCCGCUAUCAGCCGCCAGGAAGAGGCGGGAAACAUCCUGUACGAAGGGGCUACGCGCGUGUCUCUGGUGUGGCUGGUGCUGCACGCGUGGAAGUUGGCGGCGCUGACGCUGAGCUGCUCGGCGGUUUCCGCAGAGGCGGCAGCUACGCAGCUGCUGCUGCAGAGGGCGGUCGGCCUCCACAGCAGGUCGGGUCCCCAGCUGGGGUCGCUGCUGCAGCUGGUCGCCCUCAGUCCGCAGCUGCGCUUCACCGCCGGCGGGAUCGUCACCGUCGGCCGCAGCCUGCUGGUGUCUGCCCUGGCUGCGGCAGUCACGUACCUCGUCUUACUGACUCAGUUCAGUGGGAACUGCUGA